AUGACAUCGGAAGAUUCCCCCCUGCAUGGGGGCCCACACAGCAGCAGCAGCAGCAGCAGCAGCAGCAGCAGCAGCAGCAGCAGCAGCAGAAUGAAGAGGGAUGGUUUUGCUGCAGGCCCUGAGGACUGUCAAGAGGACCCCGAAACAGCAGCAGCAGCAGCAGCAGCAGCAGGAGAUGCAGCAGCAGCAGCACCAGCAGCAAACAAACGCAUGCGUCAUAGAGACAGCCAGCAUAGCCUGUCUCCUUUUCCUUAUAGGGGGGGGGCCCCCCUGAUGGGGGGGGCCCCCCACCAGGACCUGAGAGCUUCUGUGGGCCCCCGGGAGGAGGAGGGUGAGCUGCGGCCUAGUGUGUCUCCUCCUCGCCCCCCUCUCCCGCAGCAGCAGCAGCAGCAGCAGCAGCAGCAGCAGCAGCAGCGGGGGGGGCAGCGGUGGGGCGGGGGGAGAGAGGGGGGUCGAUCCCCCUCACUAGGCCGCUACCGCAGCACCAGCCGCAGUGUCUCCGCAGAAAGGAGACAGCUGCUGUCUCCUGAGAGGAGACACCUGUCUCCUGGGAGGAGACACCUGUCUCCUGAAAGGAGACACCUGUCUCCUGGGAGGAGACAGCAGCUGUCUCCUGAGAGGAGACAGCAGCUGUCUCCUGAGAGGGGACAGCUGCUAUCUCCUGAGAGGAGACAGGUGUCUCCUGGGAGGAGACACCUAGAAAGAGACAGAGACAGAGACAGAGAAAGAGACAGAGACAGAGACAGAGACAGAAAAAGAAACUGCUUCGGCUCUUGGGGUGUACGCUUAGAGGGGCUGCCCCCCGGCUGCAGCAGAGGAGACAUCCUGCUGUGGCUGGACGAUGCAGGGUUGAGGAUAGCACCAGAGCAGGUGCUGCUGCAGCAGCAGCAGCAGCAGCAGCAGCAGCAGCAGCAGCAGCAGCAGCAGCAGCAGCAGCAGCAGCAGCGGGAGCAGCAGCAGCAGCAGGAGGGGGAGGAAGAGGGGGAGGAGCAGCAGCAGCAGAAAAAAAAACAGCAGCAAGAAGAUGACGAAGACGGAGACAGACUGUCCCCCCGCCCGCUGCCGCAGCAGCUCGGGGACGAUGAUGAUGAGGAUACUUUCUCUCAGCAGCAGCAGCAGCAGCAGCAGCAGCAGCGGGGAGGGGAGCGAGAGGAGGAGGAGGAGGAGCAGCAGCAGGGGGCUGAGGAAGAGGGGGAUCGUCGGGAUCGUGAUGAGCAGCAAGACGAAGAACAGCAGCAGCAGCAGGAGCAGCAGCAGGAGCAGCAGCAGCAGCAGCAGCAGCAGUUUGCAUGCGUGGUGCUGCACUCAAGAGAAGCAGCAGAAGGGGCCCAGUUUCGGGGGCCGUCGCCCCACACGAUCCCGAUCCCGAUCCCGUUCCCCACAGUCAUCAUUAUCUGUGGGGCGCCGCAGCCGCAGCCGCAGCCGCAGCCGGCGCAGCAGCAGCAGGAGCCGCAGCAGCAGCAGCAGCAGCAGGAGGAGAAGCACGAGAGGGAGGAGACGAACACGAUCCCAUGUUCUAUCAACAUAAAGAAGUUGCAGCAGAUGAAGCAGAAGUGCAGAGUCCUGCUGCUGCUGCAGCAGCAGCAGCAAAGGAGACAGACACGGAGAAGGAGAAAGAACCACAAGCAGCAGCAGCAGGAGCAGCAACAGCAGCAGCAGCAGCAGCAGAAGGUGGUGACAGCCCCAGCAUUGUCUCUGGUUCUCAGCCUCGAGACCAGCAGCAGCAGCAGCAGCAGCAGCAGCAGCAGAAGGCCGACUCUACAUCUGCUGCUGCUGCUGCUGCUGAAGGUAGUGACUUACCAUCUCCAGCAGCAGCAACAGCAACAGCAACAGCAGCAGCAACAGCAACAGGAGCAGCAACAAGCCCAGCAACGCCAGCAACAAUAG